UGCCUCCUGCCUCCUCGCUUUUUUCGAGACAAUUUCUUGUUUAGUCCCAUUUCGGCUAUCGCGCGAGUGUCCAGUCGAAAACUUUUUACGAUACUUACUCGUACGUUAAUGUCCCGCGUGUAUAUUCGAUGUACAUUACGUAUAUUAGAAUAUUACCUUUUGAAUAUUUCGUGUCUUGUCGGUCGAACCCGACCACUGUGAAGUGAAUCGAUUCACUGUCUAGUGAAAACGAAUCGGAAAUAGAGAUACAUGUAUUUAAUAAUCAUGCCCAUCUAGUGUGUUGUACAUACAUCGGUUAUUUGGAGAAACGUCGAUUUAUGGUAUAGAUAAAAAAAGAAAAAAUCCGUCUUAUAAUAUAUCGUCCGUAAAGCGUGCAAUGCUGGGAGAGUCGAGAAAACAAUCGGGCCGUUGUAUUAUGCGUAAAUGUAUCUGUUAUGUCGUCUCUUGUCGUUUCAAGAUAUGCAGCGUUGGCGACCGCUUCGUAUCUUUUCCGUGUUUUUGUUGUCAAGGACACAUUCCUCGCGGACAUGAUUGAACGACGCAUGAUCGUCGUACUAAUAAACGCGAUUGGGAUUAAUUAUUUGCGUCGAAUGGAAGUAAUUUAUUUGCUUUGAACGCGCGUUACGGAAUAACGUCGGUAAAAGAUAUAAAAUUCUUUAAGAGUACAUCAAUACGCGUCAUUAAUUCGAUCGAAUCAUAUCGAGUAUUAUUCGGCAUAUCAGAAAUAUCUAUGGAAUUUAUUUAGACGAAUAUUGAUAUUCGCGCGAUAAUAAUUUAUUAUUCGUUCGCUUUUCGAGCUUGUCGGUAUAUGUGUUAGUUAUAGCGUGAAGUAGCUGUGCAUCUUGAAUUAUAUAUCGCGUUACGUAUGUAUAAUUCGAAUAGAAAGGCCGCUAGAGAAUGACACGUUCGCGGAGGAUACAUGCGAUACAACAAAUUCGUCGAUUCAAGGAUAAUGUUCGAUCGCGCGUAUGCCUCGAAAUGAAUACGUAGACACGCGUACGUACGCGACGAUGCGACAUGCGUGAGAUAGGGGAAGGUUAUGGAACGAGAAAGUAGGCACGCACGGUGUAUAAAGGUAGUGUAGCCCGAGCGCGGCCGACGGGUGGGGGAAUCGGCGGGGUGUUCGGGCGAUCUCGGCUGGCCGCCGAAGUCUCACGAAGUGUCCCGAAAGUAAAGCGCGCGACAGACGGUCUUCGCGCGUCGAGCUCACCGGUCGUUCUCGUUCGCACCUCUCGGUCCUUCAUCGUCUCGACGUUUACGCGACGACGAUUCCCGAAUACGGAUUAACGUUUCGGAUCGACCAAGACGCGCUUCUCCGCCGAUAUCUCUCGUUCGUCCGCGUCGAAUAAAUCACGCCACCAUCGAGUUUCUUGUGUUCAUUCGCGACUGUUCGCGGAGUUGACGCCUGAAGUUCGCGACUAAAAAAAAAAAAAAAAAAAAAUCAGUUUCCGAGUGUUUCGUUUUGUGAUGUGCAUGAAGCCAACUACUGGCCGCUGCAAGAUGAUGACGACCACCGUCUGGGCCUGUGUCCUCGCCGUGCUGUGUGCGACGUUUGUUAAAGCGUCAAGACCGAAUCAGAUGAUAGACAUCGAGCCGAAAAGGGAAACGGCUGUCCGGGUCGGCGAGAGUUUGCAAAUUCUAUGCAAAGCCUCACAAUCGCUUCGUGUUUGCCGUGUGGAAAUACCUGGCGAGGGUAGUAUAGUACUGAACGGGGAAGACCCGGGAGAAGACGGCAUCGAGUAUUACGGUGAUGGUACCAAGACUGGUCAGUGCGGCGUCCGUAUCGCCAAAGUGAAGGAAACUCAUGACGGCAUCUUCAAAUGCUCCCUAACGACCACCACCGCCCGGCAAGAGGCAACCGCGUCUCUGAAAAUCAUCGUUGCGAGACCACCCAAUAACCCGGAUCUUCGCACGAGUACCGGAUCUGUUCAGAGAAAUAUUUACAGAAAGGGCGAAAAAUUGGAAAUCAGUUGCAGCGCUCCGUCUGGACGACCAGCAGCGAAUAUCUCGUUGUUCCUCGACGAUGAUCCGAUCGGCAAGGAAGAUAAAACCAUCGUCUACGACACGAAUAUAGACGAGAACUCUUUGGCCAUGCAAAACGUUUCACACACUUUGGACUGGUCUGACAACGGCAAAACAGUACGAUGCGUGGCCAGUCACAUCGCUCUUGAUAAACCCAAGGAAACUACUUUGCAACUCGAAGUAUUCUAUCCACCUCAGCCACAUUCAACAUUCGAACGUUUCGGAUACGUGAUUGGCAGACAGGGAAUCAUCAAUGUUACCAUUUAUGCGAAUCCUAGGCCGCGAUUCAUAUGGCGAGUGAAUCAAGAGCAGAUCGAAGAAGGCCGUCCUGACCAGAGCAAUCGAUUAGAGACUUCAACUGCCGUUGACAUGGGGAAAGGAGUCUGGAGCGUAAUUCUGAGGAUCGACAGCGUUCAGAAAUCCGACACGGAGAAGGAGUACGCGUUGAUAGCGACCAACAAUGAAGGAUCGUAUGAAUAUCGUAUCGUUUUGUCGACAUCUUCGGAACCAGCAGGAGCGUUCGGUCACUUCUAUGGUAAGCUCUCCGAACACAUGCACGCACUAGGUGUUGAUUUAGACGCUGGAUCUAUCAUCGGUAUCGUCGUGGGCGUUCUGGUGCUCGUACUCAUUAUUUUCCUCGUAAUCUUUGCACGCGCGACCGGCCGCUGGUGCUUUGCAGGUCGUUCGUCCACCAGGAAUCUCGGGGAAUCAGACUUCGCGGACCCUGCGACGAGCGUUAGACUUCUUCGCCUCGAGAAAUCGAAAACUGCGGCCGAUGUCGUUAGAAAAAGAAGCGACACAGAAAGUGCCGGCAGAUAUUCCCGAUCGGAAGUAGAUGGAGCGUCGUCCCGAGGACAACGGAAACCAAGGAUUAAUCUGUCCAGACUUUUUGGACGUAACAAGGAUAAAGUGUCGGGUACCGAUACGGACACUAUGAAGACCGUCGUCACCGUCGACGACGAGAAGAUUGCUGAGCCAGUUGCGCAGGAAAGCAGGACGAAUCCUGCGACGGGUGAGGGUGGAAUAGUUUACGCGGAGCUGGAUCUUACACAACAAGGUACCACAUCCCGGCGGCUCAACGAGGAUAAAACGGAAUAUGCCGAGAUCUUGUACACGAAACCGGAAACGGAGGAAACACCCGAUAAAUAAUUGCGUCUCGAAAGCGAUUAAUAUACAGACGAUCGCGCGUUCUUCAUCUAUCGAGAGUUACGAUUUUUAAAAACGACAAUUUCUUCCGCGUAAAAACUGAUGCGAUUUUAUUACAAGUAAACGAAAAACGAAAUGGACAUACAAUUUGAAACAAAUUAAAGCGACAAAGAAUUCGUUUCAAGGUGUUAUUUUUACCUCGUUAUUGAUCUUUCGUCGCGUUUAUCGCGAUCAUUUUCAUAUACAAAAAUGGACACAAUCACGUUCCUUAAUCAAAGCCUCAAUUUAUGUGUCCGUACGUGUGAUAAUUUGUUGUAUGGUAGAUAAUGUUCAGAUAAGAUAAUGGUCGGAUAAUGUUAUAUUACGAUCGCACGGUGUUCCGAUCUCUGUCCUUCGACGUAUGUGUUACGCAGCUGAUUAUUGAAUUCGGGAGCAAGGAGAGACACGGCUUCUUGCCGAAUACGGGAAAAAUAUGCGUUGCUAUGCACAAAUUGCUUUAUAAAUUUAUAACGUCUCAAAUGGUAUGUGCAAGCGGUAUACCCAAUUAUUUCUCAUUCGACGAGAAUUCAGACGAGAAUUCUUUGAUGAGAAUUUUGUGGAAAAUAUGAUCUUAACCAUCGUGUUGUCGGACGAACUUUUUUUGUUCAGCUAAAAAGAUUUCACUUAAAAUUUUUGUAUGUAUUAAGCUAUACUAAUUUGCAUAUUUCUUAGAUCACUUUUAAUGAGAAUAUAUAUAUCUUUUCUUCUCUAUAAAUUUCUUUUUUCUUAUGACGUAUAUAUGACUAUUGCGACAUUAUGUUAAACAUCGCGUUAAACGUACUUAAGUAUUAAUGUUAAUGUUGUUAUUGUCCAUUUAAAUAAUACAUAAGCGUAAUAAUAAUAAUAAUCACUAUCGUGCAAGUCAUACGCUUAAAAGUUGUUUGGAUGAUUUAAAUUUGGAAAACUAAUCAUAUGGAAAGAAGAAUAUCAUCGUAAGAAUAUCAGCUAUAGCAAAUGAAAAAAUUAACGCAAAGAACAUUCAAGCGAUACCAAAUAAAAUCACAAAAACGAUUUUUAAGCGCGAGACUAUUGUUUUUGUAUAUUAUAAAGUUCAAUAUACUUAAAAAUUAUAUAUUUAAGACUAUAUGUAUAUGUGGUGUGUAUAUCUCAUUAUAGAAGAAUACGAGAUAAACGUUUACUAAUAACUAUGUAAGAUUUAUAUGCUACAAUCCGCGUAAUAAUUGCAUAUUUUUUAAAGUAAUUAUUAGGUGUGGUAUCAUAUUUUGAAAUAUUAAAGGCUUAAUUUAUGGUAAAUUAAUCAUUUAACAGCGAUGCAAACUUAUUAGAUAUAAGUCAAUCAUUAAUUCGUUUGAUUCUUUCGAUUAUAUUCGUAAAAAACUACGAUUAUAUCGAUUCAAACAUUUUUUGCCGUCCAAUACUAAUAAAUUUAGUUAUUAUUUUGUACACACUUAUUUUGAUAAAUAAUUAAAUAAAAAUAAUAUAUGAAUCGAUUAAGUCUAACAUUCAU